CCCAAAGUGCCGAAUCCUCGUCCAUUGGGACCCCCGGAUCUUCCUCGUCAUGGGCCUGCGGUGCGGGCCACUUCCGGCCGUAGGCCCCAGCCGCGCCAUCUCGGCUGUUCGAGAACCGCGCUAACCGACUUGUGCUGAGGCGCCCCAGAAUUCACGCACGCCCGGCAGAUGGGCACACGGCUGGACCGAAUACGAGACGCGUAUAAAUACAACGGGGACACCAACUUUGGGCCGGCCGUUUUUGCGGCAGUGGCCAUGAACAACUCCGACUCGGAAUCCAUACCCAACCUCUCCAGCUCAGACGUGCUGGAGGAAAAGCCCUACGUGCUGGAGGAAAAGCCCUACGCGCCGCAUGCAGGUCUGCAACCGAAUCUCUCCAGGAAGAGCACCAAUGCCGGCGUCCAGCUGCUCAUCAGCAAGCUCGAAGAAGACAACCAUGGGCUCGGGCCCUUGGAGCAGCCGUACGACGUGGAACGCACCUACACGCGGCCCGACCCGAAAUCCACUUUCCACGAAAACGACCCCUGGAAGUACCCGGUGGACGAAGACACCGGGUUGCGGCUCGUGGAGUUUGUUCCGCAGGACCCCGAAAACCCCAAGAACACCAGCAGGGCAAAGAAAUGGCUCUACACGGUCAGCUUGGGCAUGAUCUGCUUCACCGUGGCCCUCGGCUCGGCCAUCGUCACCGGUGACUUGGAGGACCCCGCGGCGUAUUUCGGCGUUUCGGAAGAGGUCAUGAUUCUCUCUGCAGUCACGGUCUUCGUGCUUGGUUUUGGCGUGGGGCCCUUGGUGUUUGCCCCGGCCUCCGAGGAGGUCGGCCGCAAGCCCGUGUACGUGGUGACGUUGGGGCUCGCGGUGAUCUUCAUCAUCCCCUGUGCGGUGGCCCAGAACAUCGGCACCACGUUGAUCUGCCGCUUGAUCGACGGCAUAGCGUUUUCCGCGCCCAUGUGCUUGAUUGGCGGCUCGUUGGCCGAUAUCUGGGACGCCAAGGACAGAGGCCUGGCCAUGGCGGUCUUCUCGGCCGCGCCGUUCUUGGGACCGGUGUGCGGCCCCAUUUUCGGCGGCUUGCUCGGUGACUAUGCGCCCACCUGGAGAUGGAUCUACUGGACGUUUCUCAUCAUCGCAGGCUUCUUCUACGUGGCCUUCAUCCUCAUUGUGCCGGAGACGCACCACAACACGAUCUUGAAGAAACGGUCGAAGAAGCUCCGCAAAGCCACCGGCGACGACAGCUACAAGGCGUUGUGCGAGCUUGUCGAGAGGUCGCGGGCUGAGAUCUUCAAGACCUCCAUGACGCGCCCCUUCUUGCUCCUUAGCGAGAUCAUUGUGUUCUUGGUCACCUUGUACAUGUCCGUGUGCUACGGGUUGCUCUACAUGUUUUUCUUUGCCUACCCGGUCGUGUACAUGGAGGGCAAGGGCUGGUCGGCCUCGGCCACCGGGGUGAUGUUCAUCCCCAUCGGCGUGGGGGUGAUUCUUGCCAGUGCCAUCACGCCCUUCAUCAACAACGACUACAACAAGAGGGCCCAGAAAUACAGAGACCGCGACGAGCUCCCUCCGCCAGAGCUCAGAUUGAUCCCCAUGAUGUUCGGGUGCUGGUUUCUUCCCGCAGGCUUGUUUGCUUUUGCCUGGUCCUCGUACCCCCACGUAUCGUGGGCUGGCCCUUGUUUCUCCGGCUUCGCCGUUGGUUUCGGCUUCCUUUUGCUCUACAACCCAGCUAACAACUACAUCGUGGACUCCUACCAACACUAUGCCGCAUCGGCCUUGGCGGCCAAGACCUUUGUGCGUUCUGUCUUUGGUGCAUGCGUGCCUCUUUUCACCAUUCAAAUGUACCAUAGGUUGGGCUACGAGUGGGCGACCUCCUUGAUGGCUUUCAUUUCGUUGGCAUGCUGCCUCAUUCCGUUCAUGUUUUUCAGGUACGGCUUGAGAAUCAGGAAGUUCUCCAAGUACGCCUACGACGGCUAAGGUUCGGGUAGAGUCUGCGGCGCGAUGGUCGCGGACGGGCUUCAUACAUAUUUAUUUUCCAUCAAGCUUGCUUAUAUAUAAUAAUGAAAUACAGGUAUUC